AUGGGAGCCUCUACACGUGGCGCUGUGGCGGAGACUCCCAUGCCUAUCCUCUCAAGAAACUCCUUCAAGAAGCUUCCUCAGUGGGAUUUUGAGGAUGUUUAUAACCAGGAUGCUCCACGCAGACAGACAACAUGUGCUGAGUCUCUGCGAAACUCUAAAGAUGAGAGCUUCAAGAAGGCUUUCCUUCCCAACAUACGUUUGUUUCUGCACAAAGACAGCAUCAACAUGAGCGAGUGGAACAGACUAUCACAUUUUAAUAAUCCUUUUGGUUUUAUGGAGUACAAGUAUAACGAUGUGAUGACUUCGCUGAAGUUGAUCCCACAGCCAAAAGAGCCACUGCUCCUUCCAAAGCCAGGCAGUGGCGGGUGUGUGAGAUGUGCUGUGGUGGCCACUGGGGGGAUCCUCAAUGGCUCUAAAAUGGGGAAAGAGAUCGAUGCUCACGAUUACGUUUUCCGGAUGAACGGUGCAGCCAUCAAAGGCUACGAGGAAGACGUAGGAAACAGAACAUCAGUGUACGUUCACACGGCCCACUCCAUCACUAUGUCGCCGUAUUUUUUCAAGAAGUACGGAUACACAUCUGCACCUCAUGAUGAGGGUAUAAAAUACGUGCUGAUUCCUGAGGGGAUGAGGGAUUUCAACUGGCUCGAGGGUCUUCUCAAAGGAGAAAGGAUCUCUGCUGGGUCAUAUCGCAACCAUCGGCCGUGGACGUUCUAUGGCGGGCAGUACAAUGAGAGCCGCUUCUAUGUUCUGCACCAGGAUUUCCUCAGAUACGUGCGGAACAGGUUCUUAAAAUCUCCUCAUCUGAAUGGUUCACACUGGGCGAUAGUCAGACCAACCAAUGGAGCAUUCACUCUCUUCCUGGCUCUGCACACCUGUGACACUGUGAACGCAUAUGGAUUCAUGACUGAGGACUACAAGAAAUACUCCAACUACUAUGUUGAGAAGAAUAUUAAAACCAAUGUCAUUUUCUACGCCAACCAUGACUACAUCCUGGAGAUGAAAUUGUGGAAGAAAUUACAUGACAGCAAAAUAAUGAGGCUAUAUCAAAGAACAGACUCAGAAACUGGGACAGAAAAGCUGAAACAACUCAGAUAA